UGCAUCACAAUAAAGUGACAAUGCCGAAGUGAAUUGUAAAAGUCAUUAAAAAUGCUAUUAAUUUAACAAUAUUGUAGCUCAUUUAACCAAAAAGUAAAGCAAAGUUACAGUGAAUAUAAAAAUAUAGUUCUAAAUUAUAACUAGAAUGGAGAUGAUAUCUUUUACAGUGAAAUCUUAAAUGCUUGAAGAAGCAUCGCUCGUACGGCCAUAUGCAAAGUAGCGGUAUUUAGAGAUAGUUGGUUCUUCAAAUCGAUUAUAUUCAUUCUCUUUUAGUUACAAACGAUAUUAUUUUUUAAUAAUACCGAGUAAUAAUUAUAGAGUACUAAUUUUGUUCGUUCCAAGUCAAAGAAGAUAAAACUUUUUCGCUCUCGCAUACAAAAUGGCUUUACCUCCAAACUACAAGCAAGUAGCAAUUGCUACAUCAAACAUUGUCGCAUCUAAUCAACGCCUCAGAGCUUCUGGUGGUAGUAGUAAUAGUUCAACUAAUAGCAAAGAUGCACAAAGUCCAUUUAUACAAACACCGCAUAGUCAUCCUGGGUUUACACCACAAAAAGUGGGGAAAAAUACAAAUGCUGAUUCUCGUAUGCCUAAACCACCCAAACCACCAGAAAAACCACUUAUGCCUUAUAUGAGAUAUAGUAGAAAAGUAUGGGAUCAAGUAAAAGCCCAAAACCCAGAAUUAAAACUGUGGGAAAUAGGAAAAAUUAUUGGUCAAAUGUGGAGAGAUUUACCAGAAGAAGACAAGACAGAAUUUAUUGAAGAGUACGAGGCAGAAAAGAUUGAAUAUGAAAAAAGUUUAAAAACUUAUCAUAAUUCUCCCGCAUACCUAGCUUACAUUGCAGCUAAAAAUAGAGGAAAAUCUGCAUUAUGUGCAGCACAACAAAGUAGUGACGAUCGAGAGAGUCAUGAACGUUCAUCAACCAGUACUAAAGGACAAGCAGCUCAAGAUAGAAGGAUAGAUAUUUUACCUGCGGAAGAUGAUGAUGAUCAAGACGAUGGGUAUUCUGUAAAACAUGUGGCGUAUUCUCGAUAUACACGAAAUCAUCGUCUUAUUAAUGAAAUCUUUAGCGAUACUGUAGUUCCUGAUGUUCGGUCUGUUGUUACUACACAAAGAAUGCAAGUAUUACGUCGCCAAGUACAGUCUUUAACAAUGCAUCAGAAAAAACUUGAAGCUGAACUCCAACAAAUAGAAGAAAAAUUUGAAGCAAAAAAACGUAAAUUUAUUGAAACAAGCGAAAUAUUUCAAGAAGAAUUGAAAAAACACUGUAAACCUGCAGUAGAUGAAGAGACAUUUAAUAAAAUGGUGGAACGACAAUAUGAAGCGCUUAGACGAGAUAGAUUAAAAGGAACGGAAGAAAGUCGUUCGGAUGGACCUGCAUCAAGCGAAUCAACUCCAAAUUCUACACCUACUCCAACUCCUGCUUCUGUUAAUGACGAAACUCCAUCGGAUGUUCCUGAUAAUGACGUGGUAGAUAAGAAACAAAAUGGAUCGGAGAAACCUAAUAUUGAAAUAAAGAAAGAAACAUCUUCUCCACCAUACACUGAAAAUAAACCUGAACCUCCAUCGGUUCAAGGAAAUUCUAAUCAACAUACAUCCAAUUCUGGAAUUUAUUGCGGGACAGUUAGUCCGAUACAGCAGCAGCAGCAGCAGCAGCAGCAGCAGCAACAGCAACAGCAGCAGCAACAACAACAACAACAACAGCAACAACAGCAGCAGCAACAACAACAACAGCAGCAACAACAACAACAACAGCCGCAGCAACAGCAACAACAGCAGCAGCAGCAACCUCCGCCACCGCCACCACAACAACCACAACCACAACAGCAGUCACCGCCAACUCAACAUCAACCGCCGACAUCUCAAUCACAUCAACAGCAUCCGCAACAGCCAACUCAACAAUCCCCUUCUUUACAACCACCGCAACCUAUUACUACGACAGCAGCUGCAGCUGUGAAUAUAAAUACGAGCGCAACUGUAAAUGCACCAACUAUGCCUCCUGUUACUUCGCCAGCUCCUCCUAUACAACAUACUCAUCAGCAGGGAAUGUUAGCUAAUCAUUCAAUGCCAUCUCAUCAAGGAACACAAGGAACUCAGGGAACUCAGGUGCUUCCAUCUCAAGGACCAGUUUCUAAUCCACAUACUCCUCAGAUGAUUCCACCAAAUCAAGGCUAUAGUCAACAAUAUCAACCAGGGCCAACUCAACAAGCUCAAAAUGUUCCAUUAGCUCCAAGACCUCCGCAUCCAUCUUAUACUUAUUCUCAGCAGCAACCAUAUCAUCAACCGUAUCCUCAAUAUGCACAUCCAUAUUACCAUCAACCAUAUUCACAGUAUUCGCCGCAUACCAUGGGUCGCCCUCAUGCCCACGGCCCGCACAGUCCACACAGUCCUCAUUAUCAUCCACAAUCUCCUCAUGCCAUUGGAGAAAAUAAUUCUACUAAUAACAGUGUACCCGGUUCGAACACUGUUUCUGUACCAACAUCUGAUGCUAAUAAUCCAUCUUAUUCUCCGACAUCAGGACAUUGCGAAAACGAACGUUCUGUUUCUUCGGAAAAUCAAGAAGGACAAGUAGAUAUAAAAUCAGGAUCUGGUUAAUUAUUUUUUAUAAUUACAUCUAUUUAUAGUACUCCUUU